CGUUCUCGCGGCCGGCAGGGUUUGCUAAGGCUGCGAAGCGCCACCAUGGGCAAGGUGAAUGUGGCUAAGCUGCGUUACCUGAGUCGGGAUGACUUCAGGGUCUUAACCGCGGUUGAAAUGGGCAUGAAGAACCAUGAAAUUGUUCCCUGCAGUUUGGUUGCUUCUAUAGCCAGCCUGAAACAUGGUGGCUGUAAUAAAGUUUUAAGAGAGCUAGUGAAACAUAAACUUAUAGCUUGGGAACGUACCAAAACUGUCCAGGGAUAUCGAUUGACAAAUGCAGGCUAUGAUUACCUAGCUUUGAAAACACUUUCUUCUAGACAGGUAGUUGAGUCUGUUGGAAACCAGAUGGGUGUUGGCAAAGAGUCAGAUAUUUAUAUUGUUGCAAAUGAAGAAGGGCAGCAGUUUGCAUUAAAGCUUCACAGACUAGGAAGAACCUCCUUCCGAAAUCUGAAAAACAAGCGUGAUUACCACAAGCACAGGCACACUGUUUCUUGGCUUUAUUUAUCUCGUCUCUCUGCCAUGAAGGAAUUUGCCUACAUGAAGGCAUUAUAUGAGAGGAAAUUUCCAGUUCCAAAGCCAGUUGAUUAUAAUCGCCAUGCAGUGGUCAUGGAGAUAAUAAAUGGCUAUCCAUUGUGUCAGGUCCACCAUGUUGAAGAUCCUGCAUCAGUAUAUGAUGAAGCUAUGGAACUAAUUGUCAGACUUGCAAAUCAUGGUCUGAUUCAUGGAGAUUUCAAUGAGUUCAAUAUCAUAUUGGAUAAAAAUGAUCACAUCACCAUGAUUGAUUUUCCACAAAUGGUUUCAACUUCACAUCCAAAUGCCGAAUGGUAUUUUGACAGAGAUGUUAAAUGCAUUAGGGAUUUCUUCAUGAAACGUUUUAGCUAUGAAAGUGAGCUCUACCCAACCUUUAGCGAUAUCAGGAGGGAGGAUUCUCUUGAUGUUGAAGUUUCUGCAAGUGGAUACACAAAGGAAAUGCAGACAGAUGAUGAGCUGCUACAUCUGGGAGGUCCAGAUGAUCAAACCACAGAAAUAGAAGAGGGAUCGGAUUUCUCAUUUUCUGAUGAGGAUGUGUCAGAAAAAGCAAAGGUUUGUACAGCGGAAGUGGAAAGUGAACAAAAUUCAGAGGAAUCAGAUGGCUACCAUUACAGCUCCUCUGGAGACCUUGAGCAGAUAAAGGGAGACAGGUUAUCAGAGAGUGCUAAUGGACCUAGAUUUGAAAUGACUGAACUCAAUCAAGUUUUGGACAAAAUGAAAGGACAGGUUGUUGACAAUUCUGUAACUGGAUUUUCUGAGGAGAACAGAACUGAAAAUCACAUCAAACAAGAUGGUCAGACAAGACAAGAGGAAACCUCUGCAGGCUCUGAAGAAUGUGAAGAUGAGUACCCUCGUCUGAUUGCCUUGUCAUCAUUGAGCAGGGAGCUCAGGCCUUCCAGAGAUGAAGAAAAUAUGAGAAGUGUUAAUCAAUGUAGAACAAGAACUUUGAGUGUUACAUCUGCAAGCAGUGUCCUAAGCUGCUCAACAAUUCCUCCAGAACUGGUGAAACAAAAGGUGAAACGUCAGCUGACAAAGCAGCAAAAAUCAACUGUCAGACGUCGAUUGCAGAAAGGAGAAGCAAACAUAUUUACCAAACAACGGAGAGAAAACAUGCAAAAUAUCAAAUCAAGUUUGGAAGCAGCCAGCUUUUGGGGAGACUAACGUAUUUCAAAUCAUGUAUAUUUCUACUGUAUAGUUUGUAAGUUACCAUAAUUCUACUUUCAGCUUUUAAUCUUUUUUGAUCAAGGAUAGCAUGUAAAUAGAGAAAUAAAACAACUUUAAUCUAGAAA